GCAACUUGCGUCUUGGCUCCUCCGGAAAUGGAAAAGCCUCCCAGUCUUCUAGGAAACGCAGGAGAAAGUUGAUUAGAUGGUCCUUUCAAAGUUGGACUACAAAACACUGAAGUCACCUGGUCUUGAUUCUGUUUCUACUCUACCCCCUUAGAGCGCAGCAUUGCAGUCUCUAGGGAUGAAGCGGAUGGAUAUGAGAAGGCAAGGCGUCCGCACAGUCCUCUGGGAAAUAUAGCCUGGCUCUGGCGCGGAGGAUCCUGGGUGGAGUAGCUCUGAGUAGAAUCGCGUGACUCCGGAAGUUGCUGAGAGGAGGCGCGUGGGAGAGGAGUUGGAUCACCAGCUCCUUCGGAUGGGAAGGGGUCGCGUCUGUUAACUCUAUCUAUGAUAAUCUCGAGGGAGACUCACAUUGGGACUCAUCCUCCUACUUCUGGAUAUUCUGAGCACUCAUCCACCAUGGAGAGGGAGUCAGCUAUAGGAGGAAGGGAGACUGGUCCUUCCUGCAACACUGCCAGCCAAGAACAUGCAGGGGAAAGAGGAGGAGCUUAAAGAAAGCCAUUGGGACCCAGUCGGCUCAGCCAUGGCUGAGGAAUUUGUGACUCUCAAGGACGUGGCCAUGGAUUUUACUUUGGAUGAUUGGAAGGAGCUGGGCCUAGACCAGGGGGACCUGUUUUGGGACACAGCACUGGACAACUACCAGAAUCUCUUCCUGCUAAACCCCCCAAGACCCAACUUGACCACCCACUUGGGUGGCAAGGAAGAGCUGGAGGCCCUGGUGAGAGAAAGCCCAGAAGCGACAGCCCCUGACAUGGUUGAGACCAAGAACUCUCCUUUGAAGCAGGAUUUCUUGGAAGAAGGACUCUCCCAAGAGAUUAUGGAGACAUUUUCCAAGGAUGGCCUUUGGAAUUCUGAUUUUAUAGAAGAUUGUAUAGAUGAGAGCUGGUUAGAUAGUUUGCUGGAAGAUCCAGAAAGUCUUCUGAGGUGUGAUGUUACCACCACCAAAGAAAGUUCCAUAGAAUGCAGUAGUCACGAGUUCAAGAGAGGCCUUAGUCCUAUAUCCCUCCUUUCCACAGGAGAGGACUCUGUGGUACACGAUCUUCCUGAAAAGACCUUGACGCCAGCUAAGUCUAACGAAGAUAGGAGUAACUUUGGCUACUACUCAGACCAGAGUCAGCAGGAUUCUGUACAGGGAGGGGAGAAACCAUAUAAAUGUAGUGAAUGUGGAGAAAGCUUUAGUGGGAGUUACCAUCUUAUCCAGCACUGGAUUAGUCAUACUAAGGAGAAACCCACUGUGCAUCAAGAGUGUGAGAGAAGUUUCAGCCAGAGUUCUUGUCUUUUUGUUCAUCCAGUGACUCAAAUAGGCUGCAAAUCUUAUGUGUGCAAGGAAUGUGGGAAAACUUUUAGUCAAAAUACGCACCUUCUAUGGCAUCAGAAAACUCACACUAGAGAAAAACCACGUAAGAGUCAAGACAGAAACCGGCAGUCCCUUUGUAGCAAACGGUCUUUUAAAUUUCAGAGAACUCACAUAAUUAGUAAGUCCUAUAAAUGUAAUGAUUGUGACAGGACUUUUAGCCAGACUUUUCAUCUUAUUCGGCACCAGAAGAUCCAUACUCCAAAACGCUAUGAAUGUACCAAAUGCCAGGCGACUUUCAACUUGAGCAAACGCUUCAUCCAACAUCAGAAAACUCAUGCUGCCAAAACUACCUCUGAGUAUCAGGAGUGUCAGGAGUGUGGGAAGGCCUUCAGGCGGAGUUCCCUGCUCAUUGAACACCAGGCUGUUCAUACUGGAGAGAAACCUUAUAAGUGUAAUGAAUGUGGGAAACUCUUUAGCUAUACUUCUACCUUAAAGAUCCAUCAGAGGGUUCACAGUGGAGAGAAGCCUUACAAAUGCAGUGAGUGUGGGAAAGCCUUCUGCCGGUACACUCACCUUAAUGAACAUCAGCGAAUUCAUUCAGGCUACAGACCACACAAAUGUCAGGAGUGUGUCAAGAGUUUUAACCGGCCCUCACAGCUGAUUCGACAUCAGUCCAUUCAUGCCACAGAAAAGCCCUACAGCUGUUCUGAAUGCAAGGAGACCUUUAGUCAUAAUGAACACCUUGUGCAACACCAGAAAAUCCACACUGUUGAAACCCCCUAUGAAUGUCAGGAGUGUGGAGAACGCUUCACUUGCAUCUCAACUCUGAAUUGCCACCAGAGUAUUCACACUAGAGAAAAACAAGAAUUUGAUGUGAAUAGGAAGACCUUGGAUCAGAGCACAGAACAGAGAGAGCAUCUAAGUUUUGAUGAAAAGCGCUUUAAGUGUAAGAAAUGUGAGAAAACCUUUAGCCACAGCAGAUAUCUAAUUCAGCACAAGAAAAUUCACACUAUCAUGAAGCCAUUUGAGUGUGACCAGUGUGGGCAAGGCUUUGACCAAAGGGCUCAGCUCGUUCACCAUCAAAGAAUCCACUCUAGGGCAGGGCCACGUGAAUGUGGUGAGCAUGGGAAAGCAUUCAGCAGCAGCACUUCCCUCAUUGAACUUCAGUCUUUUCACACAAGCGAGCACCCCUUUAAAUGUAACAAAUGUGAAAAGACCUUCAGCCACCGUGCAUCCCUCUCAGAACAUCGGUUAAUUCACAUUGGAGAGAAACCCUUUAAAUGUAACAAGUGUGACAGAGUCUUUACCCAGAGUAAUUACCUUAUUCAGCAUCAGAGAAUUCAUGCUGAAAAGAAACCUCUUGAGUGUAAAGAAUGUGGGAAAACAUUCAGUCAGAGCUCAUGCCUAUCUAAACAUCACAGAAUUCACACAGGGGAAAAACCCUAUGAAUGUGGUGACUGUGGGAAAGCCUUUAGCCUUAGUGCUGAACUUAACCGCCACCAGAGAGUUCACACUGGAGAAAAGCCUUACAUUUGUCAGGAAUGUGGAAAAGGUUUCAGCCAGGGCUCAUGCCUUACUAUUCACCAGAGAGUUCAUACUGGGGAGAAGCCCUACAUAUGUAGCGAAUGCGGGAAAGCCUUUGCCCAGAAGGCAAAUCUAACACAGCACAAGCGAAUUCAUACUGGGGAGAAGCCUUACACCUGUGAUGUAUGUGGCAGAGCCUUUGGCUUCAGUGCCCAUCUCAGUCAGCACCAGAGAAUUCACACCCAGGAGAAACCUUAUCAGUGUAAACAUUGUCAAAAAACCUUUCGGUCCUGCUCAGCUCUUAGCCGCCAUCAGAGGGUACACAAGUAACAAUACUUCCUACAGCUACUGGGUGGCAGCAGAGCCCCCAGAUAGCUGAAACCAUGUUUAUAUGAGGUUAGAAGUUGAAACCAUCACAUUGCAAGCUUCUCUCCAAAUAAAUAAAUCUCUAUUAGUAAAGAUUGAUGAAAAUGUUUGCACACAUGAGUUGCAUUAAAACAAGGAAAACAAAAAUUGAGAAGCCAUACAACAAUGGGAUUCAGAGGGAGACUGGAGCCAGUCUGCCUAAUUUAAACACCACCUUUACUGUGUACCACAUAAGUGACCUUGGGAAAAUCAUAAAAUCUCUCAGGGCCUCAGUGUCCUCAUCUGUAAAACAGGCACAAUAUUUACCUCAGAGGGUGUUGCAUUAAAUAAAUAAAUGUGAAGCACUUAGAACCAAUAUCCAGCAUUUAAGUACUCACCUAGUGUGGGCUACAAAUACCUGUCAGCUAUAACACAAAUAUAUUCUUUUACAUUAAAAGAAGAAAACAAUUGGUAACCUGCCUCUUUUUACUGCACUUAAUGUUCUCAUAAUGUU